CAGAGGACGUGGUCGCGGUGGCGCUCGGCCUGGGCGGGCUGACGAAGGGCAGGGCGGGCCUCAUGUGAUCAUAGAUGACACCCUACUGAUCGCAAUGAUCGCGGCUCGUCCAGCUCUUUGGGAUAAGUCCGACCAGAAUCACGCCAAGCAUGAGUACUGCCGGGCUCUUUGGAUGGAGAUAUACAGAGCAAUCUGUAACACCUGGGAGGACCUGUUCACACAUGAGCAAUGGAUUGUCGAUAAAUAUUUUUUAAAUUUUUUUCAUUGUUUUUAGAUGACUUUUAUUGUUUUUAUUAAUAAACAUAUUUUCUUUCUAGGUGAUGGAAUAAAAAAUCACUGGCACUCCAUCAGGGCCUGGCACAUGAGGGACUUAAAGGAGGAGAAACAAAGGCCCAGUGGUUCUGGGGCCUCCGACAAAACACCAUAUGUCCACCGCCCACUCCUCGGAUUCCUGCAAAAAUGCCAUGAAAUGCGGAAAACACAAUCCAGUGUCAACAUGGCUCCAUUGCCACCACCUGGACCCCCCUCCCCCACCUCCCAACCCCUCCCUGGCCCAUCCCCCGACACUGCUGAUCAGGGGCAAGAAGCUUCUCCCCUACCAGCUUCCUCAGCGUCCCGACCAAGUCGCCAGAGGAUAGAAGUAUCCUUUGGAGAUUUGGUCCGGCCUUUGGGGACUGGUAGGAAACAGCAAGUGAUCCUGGACAAUCUCAUAAAGCUCACAAGUGAGAGCUUUAUGAAAUUGGAUGAUAGAGUGGAAGCCUUAAGGGAGGAGUUUUGCCAGUCACGGCAGGCGGGGGCAGGGCCGUCAACUGGUCCCCCUUCGGAUAUUCUACUCCAUCUCCAGAGCCCGGCUCACUUGGUAGAGAAAAUGCCCUUUGACAAGCAGUGUCAGUUCCGCAAGGAGUCAACAGACCUUGUGCUUAGACUGUGCUCAUUCCUAUUCCCUGGAAACGCCCAGAGUCAACCCACAAGGUAG